GCAGCUGGGUCAGACAUAGCUGCGGGGUGUGGGGCGCCUCUAUGUCAGACAGAAGUGGUGGGACGCUUUCUUUCGGCUUUUGUCCGCCCCACAGGACAGAAGCGGCAGCCGCUUUCUUUCGGCUUUUGCCCGCCCCGGACAUAGCUGCAACAGGCGGGCAAAAGCUGUUUUCUUUCUUUUUGACCUACCAGCCAUAAACCUCACCACACGUCACUGGCUUGUCUAACACAGUGGCUGUUGUAGUCUUUAUACAAUUUAUUAUGGAUGAUUGCUAUUUUUCCUUCUGACAAAUUCCAUUCCUUAUUAACACUACUGCAUUACUGCUCUCUAAAACAUCUGCAAGAAUCAGCCAAGUUCAGAAAGCAGCAAGGAUCCCUAAUUUGCUUUGUGUGUUAGGGGUUAUUCUUCAAACUUUUGGUUUUAACUUUUUUAUGUCACCAAGAGUUCUAGGUGUAAGAUGGGCAGCCAUAUUUGAAUAAAAAAGUUUUAAUUUUUUUUGUGUGGUAUAAAGCCACAGAUUUGAAAAAAUAUUACAAAUGCAGUUAUGGAACCUAUAGGUUCAAUGAAACCAAACUGCAGCUAUUUUCUUAUUGUUCUAUUGUACAGCACCCUACGAAUGGGCUAUAGGGGUCCCAGAAAGAGACUCAGAUCUUUCCACUGUCCUGGGGCCACAGAUUGCCCACCACAAGCUUAGAAUGACAGUUUUUUUGAAAGAAAAACCAUUUACGGUAAAUUGCUUUCUCCAAUCUAAAAUCAUAAACAGGGGCCCUGCUCCAUUUAUCCUUCCAGCCUAAUGUGGUCACUCAGGAAUGGACCCUAUUUAUUUUUAUACUAUCUUUGUUAUUUUUGUAAAUAACCGAAGGUGGUAAACAUGUUUGUUCCUCUUCUUAUUUUCCUUACACCAAUAGUCUUGUGAAAUGUGAGUUGGGCUGACAAACCCAAAGUCACCCAUUCAGUUUUUGUACUUCAGGCAGGACUAGAACUUCAGUCUCUAGCUUGAUGCCUUAACCAUUAGACCAAACUGUCUCUAUAUGUCUAUUUUAUGGCCAUUUCACUGCUAGCAAAUAUAUAUUUAUUCUAUUACGCUUUUUGAUCUUUAACUGUAUGUGGACUACCAUGGACCUUUGUAAUCAUUCAUAAUAAUCUACUUUUUAGUUUUUAUUAUUAACAGUGGUUUAUUUUUGAGUAUCUUUAGCUGUUUUUAUGUUGCAAUUAUGCAAUAUUUUGGAUAGAAUGAUAACUGAUUGAUUCAACUGAAAAUGCCAAGGGUGGAAUCUAAAAUAUAUUAUCUGUAUUGAACAAUGGAGCAUUUCUUCUUUCUCUCUGGCUUUGCUAUAGGUUGUGCAUGUUUUAGCAUUUGUUGCUGUCAUUUCCUCUGCUGGUAUAUUUUGCCUCUAAUUCAUGAGGUGUUAAUAUGUUGUUGUGUUACUGCCUAAGAAUAGUGUUAACAGAAUGUUAAAUGGCUUUCUCCUUUUCUGUUAAUCACAGCAAGUAUGAUUAUUAAUUAAGUGCCUAGAGCAUAGAUAGAUGGAAUAUCUUGACAAGGCUAAGGAGUUUACACUUACAUUAACACCUGCAAAACAAACCAGUACUUUAAAUCCUUGCCAGGCUUCCCAUAAAGGGUUUUUAACACAUGCUUUAACAACUUCAUCUCAUUUUCCAUUACUAUAAAUUGAGCAACACACACAUUUCCAGAUGUGCCUAUUUAUUUGCUAUUUAUUACAGUUUAUCUAAUCCCCAGCAAAAAAAGUUGAAACUGCACACCUGUUCCCCACUUCCUUAUAUUCACAACAGUGUGUGUGAGCACAGAAAACAAAAAGAGAAACUGCUCCAUGGUCUGAUAAUUUGUACCCUGUUCUUCUGAUUGCAACCAUUACACUACUGCUAUAUCAACUACAAAUAAGGGUGUUUCAUACUUCCUUUAUGCAUGCUUAGAAUAUGUCUAGAAUUGAGGCUUCAGCAUACUGACUGAGACUACAUGCUUUUGCUAGUCCUCACAGCAGAUCUGAAGUUUUCAAAGGGAAUUUUGUUCCAUUUUUAUACUGUAUAAUUUUCUAUUCCUUGAAAUUAUUGUAAAAUUUAAUACUGAUAAAAAUGAGUAGAAUUGAACAACAUGACAGAAUUUGAAAUUGAAUUAUUAUGUACAAAUGAUGAACAUAUGAUUACUAAAAUGCAUAAACCUCUGUUGAGAUUUGAAAUGGAAGAACAGGUCAAAAAGUACAUGGUAAAAUGGGCCACAAUUAAUGGAUCAAUGUUAGAGGACUGAAAUUCACAUUCUGUUAAAAGAGAGAACUUUUAUAAAAUGAUGUAUCAUUGGUACCAUAGAAAUUAUUUAAGAUAUUUAAAGAUGCUUGAAAAUCUGUAAAAAUAUGAAGAGACAUUACCGUGCAAAAUGGACAUGCAAAAAAAAUUUUUUUAAAUGGAUACAAACACACAUGAGGCAAAUAAUUUUAAAGCUCAAUAUUCAGAUUAAAACAAUUGUUUUAAUUGGAUUUAUGAAUAGUCAAUUAGAAAGACUUAGGGGAUGUUGGUUUUGUAUAUGGUAAUUGCAGUGAGACUAUUGUAUAUACUGAGUUUCUGCAAAAAGAAGGCUGGGUCUUAUUUUCUUUUGGAAACACCUCCCCCCCCCCUAAAAAAUUGCUAGGUCUUCUUUUUGGAGAGUUCUAAUUAUUUACUCACCUCGCAGUAGUGACACCAACAGCCCUGCCUAGCAGAAGGUUGCUCCUGGACCACCUCUUCUGCGGUUGCUUGCCACCACUCACACACAUUGUGUGAGUGGUGGAAGACAUCUGAAGGCAAAUCAGAGGCCUGGGUGAUCUGUGCGAGUUGUGGCAAGUGGCCGCAGAAGAAGGCGAAGCAAGUGUCGGGGUGUUCAAGGCCUGGAAAAACCUGUAAACCUGAAUUACUUGAUGAAUUAUUGAACAUGAACAUAAUAUUUCAGGAUUGGUUUCCUAACAGGGUGGCUGGUGGCACAGCAUGCCUUGGUUCCGAAAACCUGAAUUGAACAUCCAGUAGUUACUGGUUUCAGCAUUUGUUUUCCAAGAGAUGUCUGCAACCAGAGGAAAUGGAGAGCACUGGCAAUCUUUGGAGUCUGUGGGGAUUAGCCGUAAGGAGCUGGCUCUUGCAGAAGCCUUGCAGAUGGAGUAUGAUGCCUUGUCCCGCCUGAGGCAAGACAAGGAGGAGAACCAGGCAAAGCAGAACACCGAUCAACCUCUAAUUUCUUGGGAUGAUCCCAUUCUGGAUUACAACAUACCUGCUGUAAGGAAUGACUGCCAUAAUAUUAAGGUCAUGAGAGGCCUCUCUGGCUCAGAUUCAACCCUCAACUAUAAUGCACUCUCUGGCCAAGAAGUUUCAAGAGCUUUGGGGACCAACAAUACUACCUCAUCCAGAUUGGUGCCUGAAGCAGAAAGUCAACCUUGGUUGAAGAAUCCUCUGUCUAGUGACUAUUUGUACAUCUUUGAUAGCACAGAGGGAGACUUCCUAAAUGAUCCGCUCAAUAGUGCACCCUGCCAGCACAGCAAUGGUGGUAAGUCACCCAAGAAGCUUUCUCCUCCCCCACUGCCACCUCGCAUUACCAUCUGGAAUACUUCUGAAGCAAAUCAAGCUUCCCACAAGGGACCCCAACCCAAUAAUAUCAACAUGUUCUCCUCAUCUCACGAGAGAGCUGAUGGAAAAUUGCUAGGUCGAAGAAUCUCAGAAGAAGACCAAUAUAGCACAGUAGACUAUGAUGGCAUCAAUGAUGCUAUCACUCGACUCAACCUCAAGUCCACUUAUGAUACUGAACUUCUGAGAGAAGCCACUUGGAGUUGGAAGGAGGGCAGAAGCAUUUUUGAGAAAGAAAGCAGUGGGAAGCCAGUUGCUCGCAGCAAAACCAUGCCUCCUCAAGUCCCUCCCAGGACUUAUGUCUCCAGAUGUGGUGGAUGGAAGAAUGCUGCUCUCAACAAGAACCGGAGGAUAUCAGCAGAUCCAGUAAGACAAUUUGAUGUAAACAAAAAGGGCACUUCUCAGCAUUAUCCCGUGUCCAACGGUUAUGAACUAUUUGAGGUGUCUGAGGAGAAAGAUGAAGAGGUUGCUGCAUUCUGCCAUAUGCUUAAUGUAUUGAGAUCUGGCUAUAGUACCAAGGAUUACUCCCUCACAGGUUAUGUCUGGAGCACUGUCAAUCUCGGCCCUGAACAUCUUGGCCAUGGGAUUAGCUUGAAGGUGACCGUAGUUUAUGAUAGCCUACAAGAACCUCUCACAUUCACUUGUGACUGUUCCUCCACAGUGGACUUACUCAUUUACCAGACCUUGUGUUACACUCACGAUGAAUUGUGCGACAUUGAUGUGGAUGAUUUUGUUCUCAAAAUAUGUGGUGUAGAAGAAUUCCUCCAAAACAAACAUCCACUAGGAAGUCAUGAAUAUAUUCAAAACUGCAGGAAGUUUGACAUAGACAUCCGGUUGCAGCUGAUGAACAGGAAAGCUGUUCGCAGUGACCUGGCUAGGACGGUGAAUGAUGACCAAAGCCCAUCCACACUCAACCACUAUGUUCAUCUCCAAGAGAGGCCAAUCAAGCAGACCAUCACCAGGCAGGCCCUGAGCCUUCUUUUUGAUACCUUCCACAAUGAGGUGGAUGCCUUCUUAGCAACUGAGGGAGAUUUCCAACUGAAAGCAGAGCGGGUAGUCCAGUCUGUCAUGGCCAUUUGCAAUGCUUUGGCUGCUGUUGAAUCCCAGGAAAUCACGGCAGCCCUGAAUCAGCUACCGCCUUGUCCAUCUCGCAUGCAGCCCAAAAUUCAGAAGGAUCCAAGUGUUUUGGCCAUGAGGGAAAACAGAGAGAAAAUUGUAGAAGCUUUGACAGCCUCUAUCUUGGAUCUGGUGGAGCUCUAUUGCAAUACCUUCAAUGCAGACUUCCAGACAGUGGUACAUGGGAAUAGAAAGCAUUCAUUCUCCCAAGAGGCCCGACUGCUUUCCUGUCCUCUCUCCUUCAGAGUCUAUGCUACUCAUCGUAUACCCAUCACCUGGGCUACAAGCUAUGAAGAUUUCUACCUCUCCUGCUCACUCAGCCAUGGGGGAAAAGAGCUUUGUACCCCCCUGCAAACCCGAAAAGCUCAUGUAUACAAGUACCUCUUUCAUCUAAUCAUCUGGGACCAACAGAUAUGUUUCCCAGUUCAAAUGAAUCGUCUGCCACGGGAGACUCUUCUGACAGCCACGCUCUUUGCUAUUCCACUCCCACCUCCUGGGAGUUCUUCGGAGACAAACAAGCAGCGCCGCACCCCAGAAGCUCUGGGUUGGGUCACUACUCCUCUUUUCAACUUUCGACAAGUCCUGACUUGCGGAAGGAAACUCCUAGGUUUGUGGCCUGCAACUCAAGGUCCUUCUAGUGCCAGAUCAAGCGCUCCCAACUUUAACCAGCCCGAUAGUGUUAUUCUACAAAUUGAUUUUCCCAGCUCAUCAUUUGAAAUUAAGUUUACCAGCCCACGAGCAGCAGAAUUCAGUCCCCAGUACAAUUUCAACAGUCUCUUUGAGGGAGACCAGCGGAAACUAAAGGAGGUUAUGCAGAAGGAAUCCCUUUAUUGGCUAACUGAAGCAGACAAAAAGAGAUUAUGGGAGAAGCGUUAUUACUGCCAUUCUGAGCCAGGUUCGCUGCCUCUGCUGCUUGCUAGUGCCCCAAGCUGGGAGUGGGCCUGUUUGCCUGACAUCUAUGCCCUGUUGAAACAAUGGACAUACAUGAAUCAUCAAGAUGCUCUUGGACUGUUACAUGCAGCGUUCCCAGAUCAGGAAGUGAGAAGGACAGCUGUACAGUGGAUUGAUUCCAUAAGUGAUGCUGAGCUAUUAGAUUAUCUGCCCCAGUUGGUACAGGCUCUUAAGUAUGAAUGCUACUUGGACAGUCCCUUGGUGCGGUUUCUUAUGAAGCGAGCCAUCUGUGAUCUGAGGAUCACCCACUAUUUUUUCUGGCUUCUGAAAGAUGGUUUGAAGGAUUCUCAGUUUAGCAUUCGUUACCAGUACCUGCUGGCAGCUCUGUUAUGUUGUUGUGGAAAGGGUCUGCGAGAGGAGUUUGAUCGUCAAUGUUGGCUGGUUAACACCUUGGCUAAGCUGGCUCAACAAGUCCGUGAGGCUGCUCCAUCAUCGCGACAGGCCAUCCUUCGUGAAGGACUAGAGGAUGUCAGGCAGUUCUUCAAUGUCAAUGGCUCCUGUCGACUACCACUUAGCCCCAGUCUGCUGGUGAAAGGAAUUGUGCCCAGAGAUUGUUCCUAUUUCAAUUCAAAUGCUGUCCCUCUGAAGCUCUCUUUCCAGAAUGUUGACUCCCUUGCAGAAAAUAUCCGUGUUAUUUUUAAGUGUGGAGAUGAUCUUCGCCAAGAUAUGCUAACCCUGCAAAUGAUUCGUAUAAUGAACAAGAUCUGGGUGCAAGAAGGUUUGAACAUGCGCAUGGUCAUAUUCCGUUGUUUUUCUACAGGCCGUGGUCGGGGGAUGGUAGAAAUGAUCCCCAAUGCAGAAACUUUGCGAAAAAUUCAAGUGCAGCAUGGUGUGACAGGUUCUUUCAAAGAUCGUCCCCUUGCAGACUGGCUACAGAAGCACAACCCCAAGGAGGAUGAAUAUGAAAAGGCAGUGGAGAAUUUCAUUUACUCCUGUGCUGGCUGCUGUGUAGCCACUUAUGUUUUGGGAAUCUGUGACCGGCACAAUGACAACAUCAUGCUCAAAACAACCGGGCACAUGUUCCAUAUUGACUUUGGAAGGUUUCUGGGACAUGCCCAGAUGUUUGGCAACAUCAAAAGGGACCGAGCUCCAUUUGUCUUCACAUCAGACAUGGCUUAUGUUAUCAAUGGUGGUGAUAAACCCUCCAGUCGUUUCCAUGAUUUUGUGGAUCUCUGCUGCCAAGCUUACAACCUUAUCCGGAAGCAUACUCAUCUCUUCAUCAAUCUUUUGGGACUGAUGCUCUCCUGCGGGAUUCCUGAACUCUCUGACCUUGAGGACCUAAAAUAUGUUUAUGAUGCACUUAGACCACAAGACUCUGAGGCAGAUGCUACUACCUAUUUUACCAGAUUGAUAGAGUCCAGCCUGGGCAGUGUAGCCACGAAGCUCAACUUCUUCAUUCACAACCUGGCCCAGAUGAAGUUCACAACAUCAGACUCCCGGCCAACAUUGUCAUUUGCCCCCCGUGUGCACACAAUCAAGACAUCUAGCCGUAUCGUUGAUAUUUUUCUCUGCCGACAUGAAAAGGUCUUCAAUCCCAGCAAAGGAUAUAUUUAUAUUCUGAAGGUGAAACGAGAGCACCCUUCUGAGGUCACAUUCAUUCAGCGCACAUUUGAAGAGUUCCAGGAGCUGCACAACAAGCUACGUCUCAUCUUCCCCUCUUCGCAUCUCCCAAGCUUCCCUAGCAGGUUUAUAAUUGGACGAUCACGAGGAGAGGCAGCCGCUGAGAGGAGGAAAGAGGAAUUGAAUGGCUACAUUUGGCAUCUAAUUCAUGCAGCUCCGGAGGUUGCUGAGUGUGACCUGGUAUACACGUUUUUCCACCCUCUUCCAAGGGACGAAAUUGCUGCAGGAACCAAUCCAGCACCAAAACCUGCAAAUGCUGUAUGGUCCCAACCAGUUGGAAAAGUUGGUGGAGAGGUGAAAUUAUCAAUCUCCUAUAAGAACAACAAGCUCUUUAUAAUGGUGAUGCAUAUUCGUGGCCUCCAGCCUACUCAGGAUGGCAGUGAUCCUGAUCCUUAUGUUAAGACUUAUCUUCUGCCAGAUCCUCAGAAAACCACUAAGAGGAAAACCAAAGUUGCUCGAAAAACUUGCAAUCCAACUUAUAAUGAAAUGCUUGUCUAUGAUGGAAUUCCUAAAGGAGAUCUGCACCAGCGGGAGCUGCAUCUGAGUGUCCUGAGUGAAGAGGGCUUUUGGGAGAACAUCCUCCUUGGCGAGGUUAUAAUCAGACUACGAGAUUUAGAUCUGACACAGGAGAAGAUGGGUUGGUUUGAACUGGGCUUUAGGAGCCAUGGGAUCAUGUGAGAAGCAGGAAGGCAGCCUUAGCUUCUUUGGAACUACUUUGGCCCAUGGAAGUCGCUGGGAACUAGUGCAUGUUCCAGGAGUUGUAUCCUGGUAUAAAAUUCGAAGGAUUUAAUUUUCUGCAAAUAAGAAGAUGGACAUUUUGUUUCUGUGCAAAUGAAGAGUUAAUUUCCUGUGGAGAGUGAACAUGUUGGGGUUAAGUCAUGAUAGGAAAUCCUAUGACUUGAAAUGGCUGCUGUAGACUUUUAUCUUUGAAUAUAUUUACCUUGUGUCAAGGGAGCAAUGACUUAACUGAGGGGGAGGGUUUAAAUAUUAAAGGCUUCCCCCUCCCCUUUGAAAUAUUUUUAAUUUUUUUAAAACAAUUUGAGGCCAGAUGUGAAUUGUAGGAUGGAAUCUAGAUGGAGAGGAAUUUUGCAGAGUAAUGAAUGUUAUAAAUUAAGUUCUUAUUGGACUUUCAUAAGUAAUUUUUUAUUUUAAAGGAACAUUUGCAUAAGUAUGUGUGAUGGGUUGGGAGAUAUGUGGAUUCAGUAUGAAUGGAAGAUUUAAACCCUUAUCUCUGGGACAGGAGCUAGUGUGCUCCAUCACAAGCCAUCAUGGAGACAUUGCUUCCAAAGGAGAGCAGUAGUACUUGCACAAGCGUAGAACUUACAUUUUUGAUUUCUUAUGAUAUAGAAUCUAAAAAGCAUGCUCUCCUGGAUAAACAUCUGGACUUAUUUGGAGAAGGCAGAAGGCAACUCUGUUGUUGACUGCAACCAUGCAGAAACAAAGGCCUUGAUCUUAAUGUGACUAAAAGCAAUGUCUUAUUUUUCAAUCUUAGCUUUUCUAAAUUGUCUCUUACAUAUAUGAUGUUCUAGUCAGUCUCGAGAGAUUGGAUGGGAAAAUUUGUGCUGAGUCUUAGAAGCAAAGAGUUUUUCAUUUACCCAAGCUAGGGAGUCAUUGAUUUCCUCUUUUCAUAAUCACAGUGUCAAAGUACUAAUUCUUUAGAUUAGCCAAGGAUCUGUUUACCCAUCAAUUUGUAAAGCAUGGUCAUUUAUUUCCAGGCUACUUACCGUAAUUGAAAUAAAUAACAUAUUAAUGAGUUUUUAAAACUUUUAUUCAUGACAGGCUUUUCCUCCAAGAUAGCAAGUGAGAGGCAAAGUGGCUGGAACUUCUGAAAGUAUUUGUGUUUAUGAUGUUAUUGUAACAAUUGUUUAAAGCUGUUGGCAAUGACAAAUUGCAUUGUUGCCCUUUCUCCGAGAAGUAAAACUUUAUAGAAAUGAUGUGGGGUUCGGGAAAUUACCAAGUAUGAAAACUUUUCUGUCUUAAGCAAAGAUAAUUUCUGUUGUUUUUUAUUGUUAUUAAUAUUUUUAAAAGAGACAAAGAGUUUUUCCACAUCACAAGAACUUCUACACCACUUCCUUGCCUCAAUGCCUACCAUCUUCUAGCUCUUGCUGAACUCUUUACAGCGGGAACUCACCAAAAAAAAAUUGGCAUGUUUCUCAGGAUAUGAAAAUGUGAACUCAAUUUUUUUAAGUAGUUAUUCAUGCCGAGUUCUAUUUGGAGGAAAAAGCAAACUUGUGGGAGAAAUCAUUUUUGUUCUCUUUUGAUCUGAAGGCUUCUUUUUACUUUGUGUAAUGAUGUAACUGGAUUUCAAAGAGACAACUAUAUGAAUGAAUUUGGGGCAUGGUCUUUGAUUAUAUCUUCCAUUCUAUAGGAAAUGAGAUAAAGGUGGCAUCUUAUGAAUACCUGUGUCUUUCUACGUUGUAAAAUGGUGACAUUGGAAAUAAAUAAAGGAAUUGGAAUGCAAUA